ACAUAAAGGAAAUAAAUCCUUUAUUUAGAGGGUGUUGGACUGUAUCAUUGUUUGCUGAUAUGAAAAAUUUAGAGGUUUUAAACAUUCCCUCUAGUUUAAUUAAAAGCAAAACUGUAUCAGGAGUAAGAUACUCUAGAUAAGCUUUCCUCUUUUGGCAACUGUCCCUGCUUUGAGUGAGCUGAAUGUCAGCUGGAUUUUCCUCACAUUUGUGAUUUCCAGUCUUUGUAGUACUGAGGCCUUAAAUGUCUGUUUUGUACUCACCAGAUGAGAAGUCCGUGGAGCACUGUGUUUGACACGUAUGCCUAAGGAAAGGGCUUCUCCGAUGGAUCAUGGCGCUAAAGUUUACAGGACAUUUCUUAUUUUUAACAUUAGUGAUGUUUGCUUUCUCCACUUUUGAGGAAUCAGUGAGCAAUUUCUCUGAUUGGGCGAUUUUCACAGAUGACAUGGAUCAGUUGAAGACACAGAAAGUGCAAGCUUUCAGACCCAACCACAAGCUGAAGAAAAGCAUGCUUCAUCCCAGUUUGUAUUUUGAUGUGGGUGAAAUCCAGGCCAUGCGACAGAAGUCUCGCACAAGCCACUUGCAUCUGUUUAGAGCCAUCAGAAGUGCGGUGAUAACUAUGCUCUCCAAUCCCACCUACUACCUACCUCCACCCAAGCAUGCUGAUUUUGCUGCCAAGUGGAAUGAAAUUUAUGGUAACAAUCUGCCUCCUUUAGCACUGUACUGUUUGCUGUGCCCAGAUGACAAAGUCGCCUUUGAUUUUGUCUUAGAAUACAUGGACAGGAUGGUUGGCUACAAAGACUGGCUGGUUGAGAAUGCACCUGGCGAUGAAGUUCCUAUAGGCCACUCCUUAACAGGUUUUGCCACGGCCUUUGACUUUUUAUAUAACUCCUUAGAUGAUCACCGGAGACAAAGAUACUUGGACAAAAUUGUUGUUAUAACCGAGGAGAUGUAUGAGUAUUCCAAGGUCCGCUCAUGGGGCAAGCAGCUACUCCACAACCACCAAGCUACGAACAUGAUUGCGUUAUUAACUGGAGCCUUGGUGAUCGGUGUAGAUAAAGGACCUGAAGUCAAUGUAUGGAAACAGGCUGUUGUAGAUGUAAUGGAAAAAACAUUGUUUCUGUUGAAUCAUAUUGUGGAUGGUUCUUUGGAUGAAGGCGUGGCCUAUGGGAGCUACACUGCCAAAUCAGUCACACAGUAUGUGUUUCUGGCCCAGCGCCAUUUUAAUAUCAAGAACUUGGACAAUAACUGGUUAAAAAUGCACUUCUGGUUUUAUUAUGCCACCCUAUUACCUGGCUUCCAAAGGACCGUGGGUAUAGCAGAUUCCAAUUAUAAUUGGUUUUAUGGUCCAGAGAGUCAGCUAGUCUUUUUGGACAAAUUCAUCUUAAAGAAUGGAGCUGGAAAUUGGUUAGCCCAGCAAAUUCGAAAGCAUCGACCUAAAGAUGGACCGAUGGUUCCUUCGACUGCUCAGCGAUGGAGCACUCUUCACACUGAGUACAUCUGGUAUGACCCCCAGCUCACCCCACAGCCCCCUGCAGAAUAUGGCACUGCAAAAAUGCAUGUGUUCCCUAAUUGGGGUGUGGUCACCUAUGGGGCAGGGCAGCCAAAUACACAGUCAAGUACCUUUGUGUCUUUUAAAUCAGGAAAGCUUGGCGGGCGAGCCGUAUAUGACAUCGUUCACUUCCAGCCGUACUCUUGGAUUGAUGGAUGGAGAAGCUUUAAUCCAGGACAUGAACAUCCAGAUCAGAAUUCAUUUACAUUUGCCCCCAAUGGGCAAGUGUUUGUUUCGGAAGCUCUCUAUGGACCCAAACUGAGCCAUUUGAACAAUGUACUAGUCUUUGCUCCUUCACCCACAAGCCAGUGUAACAAACCCUGGGAGGGCCAGCUGGGAGAAUGUGCACAGUGGCUCAAGUGGAAUGCUGAGGAGGUUGGUGAUGCAGCUGGAGAAAUCAUCACUGCCUCUGAAUAUGGGGACAUGGUGUUCGUGAGCGGGGAAGCCGUGUCCGCUUAUUCUUCAGCAAUGAAGCUGAAAAGUGUGUAUCGGGCAUUGCUGCUCUUAAAUUCUCAAACUUUGCUUGUUGUUGAUCAUGUGGAGAGGCAAUCUGAUUCCCCACUGAAAACUGUUAGUGCCUUCUUUCAUAAUCUGGAUAUUGAUUUUAAGUACAUCCCGUACAAGUUCAUGAACAGGUAUAAUGGUGCCAUGAUGGACGUGUGGGAUGCACACUACAAAAUGUUUUGGUUGGAUCACCAUGGCAACAGCCCCUUAGCAAGUAUACAGGAAGCAGAGCAAGCUGCUGAAUUUAAAAAACGUUGGACACAGUUUGUUAAUGUUACGUUUCAGAUGGAAUCUGCCAUCACACGUAUUGCCUAUGUCUUCUAUGGGCCCUAUGUUAAUGUGUCCAGCUGUAGGUUCCUUGAUCACUCCAGUUCUGGACUUCAGAUUUCUCUCAAUGUCAACAACACUGAGCAUGUUGUUUCCAUUGUGACUGACUAUCUUAACCUGAAGACCAGAUUUGAUUACUUGGGAUUUGGUGGCUUUGCCAGUGUGGCCAAUCAGGGCCAAAUAACCCAAUUUGGUUUGGGUACUCAAGCCAUCGUGAAGCCCGUAAGACAUGACCAAGUUAUUUUCCCCUUUGGUUUUAAAUUCAAUAUAGCAGUUGGUUUGAUUCUGUGCAUCAGUUUGGUGAUUUUGACUUUCCAGUGGCGGUUUUACCUUUCUUUUAGAAAGCUGAUGCGCUGGAUAUUACUACUUGUUGUUGCCUUGUGGUUUAUUGAGCUGCUGGACAUAUGGAGCACUUGCACUCAGCCCAUCUGUGCCAGAUGGUCCAGGGCCACAGAAAAAGAGGCCAGCGUAAAGGCUCUCCAGCCUGCGGGCCACCACAGUGAGCUCCCAAAUGUGGUCAUCACCUCACUUCCUGGUUCGGGGGCAGAUAUUCUCAAACAGCUUUUUUUCAACAGCAGUGACUUCCUCUACAUCAGGAUCCCAACAGCCUACAUCGAUCUCCCUGGGACUGAGCUGGAAAUUGGCCCCUUCGUGGAUGCCUGUGAGUGGAAGGUGGCAGAGAUCCGCAGUGUGCGUUUUCGUUUACUAAGGGGAUGGCUGCAGUCCUUAGUCCAUGACACGAAACUCCACUUGCAAAACAUCCAUCUGCAUGAGCCCAGUCGAGGGAGACCAUCCCAAUACUCUGCAACCAACCGGGACCGAAAAAGGAAAACAAAAAGGAGAGAGUCUUUGCCAGAACAAAGAAGUCGGAUGAAAGGCGCCUUUGACAGAGAUGCUGAAUACAUCAGGGCUUUGAGGAGACACCUGGUCUUUUACCCAAGUGCUCGCCCCGUGCUCAGUCUAAGCAGUGGAAGCUGGACCUUAAAACUGCGAUUCUUCCAGGAAGUUUUGGGAGCUUCCCUAAGAGCAUUGUAUGUAGUGCGGGACCCUCGUGCAUGGGUUUAUUCAAUGCUGUAUAAUAGCAAACCAAGUCUUUACACUUUGAAGAAUGUACCAGAGCACUUAGGGAAAUUGUUUGAAACAGAAGGGAAGAAAGGCAGAUGUGACCUCAAUUCGGGCCAUGCAUUUGAGUAUGAGGCAUUGAGAAAAGAAUUAUCAAAAUCCAGAACAAAUGCGGUCUCCCUGUUGUCCCAUUUGUGGCUGGCAAAUACAGCAGCUACCCUGAGAAUCAAUAUGGAUCUGCUCCCCCAGAGCUACCAGUUGGUCAAGUUUGAAGAUAUUGUGCAUUUUCCUCAGAAAACCACAGAAAAGAUUUUUGCCUUUCUUGGCAUCCCUCUGUCUCCUGCUAGUUUAAACCAAAUAUUGUUUGCCACCUCUACAAACCUUUUCUAUCUCCCAUACGAAGGGGAAAUUUCACCAACUAAUAUUAAUGUUUGGAAGCAGAAUUUACCUAGGGAUGAAAUUAGACUGAUUGAAAGCAUCUGCUGGACACUCAUGGAGCGCCUCGGCUAUUCAAAGUUUUUGGACUAAAUUGCUGCAGGUCAGCUGGAAUUUGCACUAAUAAUUCCCAGCCCAGUGUGUGGAUAUGAAUUAGAAGAGGUGGUUUAUUCUUGUAUUGUGUGUGUAUGUGAGUGAGUGCGAGUGACACAUGUACAGAGAGAUUAUUUUAAAGUAAAGUUACCCUACGUGGUCCAACAGGAAUGAUUUUUAUGUCCCUCCAUCCUUUGCCUUUGUUUCAACUACAAAGUUU